AUGGGCAUUUCUGGUGCAAGUUGUAAGGGUGGAUUGCGGCGUUUUUUGCUGCAGCAGCAGCAUUUGCUGCUGUUGUUGCUGCUGCUGUCUUGGAUCCCUCGCGAGGCAGCAGAUGCAGCAGCAGCAGAAACAGCAGCAGCAGCAGCAGCAGCAGCAGCAGCAGAAGCAGGUGGAGUACGGGAGGUUGUGGGGUUAGAGACAGACGAAGAAUCGAUUUAUCUCUCUGAUGACCUUGAAGAUAUGCUACCACAGAGCAGCAGCAGCAGCAGCAGCAGCAGCAGCAGCAGCAGCGAUGACAGCAACAACAGCAACAACAACAGCAGCAGCAGCAACAGCAGCAGCAGCAGCAAUGAUGAUGAUGAUGAGUAUAUUGAAUAUGAAGAAGAAGAAGACGAAGAAGAAGAAGAAGACAUAGAUGAUGAUACUACCCCCACCACCAUCAGCAGCAGCAGCAGCAGCAGCAGCAGCAACAACAACAACAACAACACCACACCCACCACCCCCAUCAACAGCAACAGCAGCAGCAACAGCAGCAGCAGCAGCAACAGCAACAGCAGCAGCAAGAGUGCUAUAUGGCUAUCAGAGAUAGAGGAAGCAAUAUCAAUAGGAGCAACACAUCGUAUUUAUUUUACACAACAAGAAGAAAAUCUUUAUGCUGCUGAUAUAGAUCCUUCUUUGCUGCUGCUGCUGCUGCAGCAACUUAAGCCUGAGCUACUCCCAUUAUGGCUACAGCAACAACAGCAACAACAGCAGCAACAGCAACAACAGCAGCAGCAGAAACAACACAUGCAGCAGCAGCAGCAGCAGAUGGGGGAUAAGAUCAAUGGUGAACACAAACAACAGGAAAAAGGCGUAUACGGGGGGCUGCUGCUGCUGUUGGAGCAGCAGGCCCAGCAGCAGAAAGACUCCAGCAGCAGCGACAGCAGCAGCGACAGCAGCAGCAACAGCAGCGAGAACAACAACAGCAGCAGCAGCAGCAGCACAACAAGAAGCAGCACGCAGGGUCCAGCUGCUGAUCUUUCCUCUCCUGUACAUUUAGAGAAUGCAGCAGCAGACACAGCAGCAGCAGCAGCAGCAGCAAGAGCCGCUGCAGCAGGUGCUGCUGCAACCCAUGCUGCUCUCUCUGAUAGACAGCUGCCUGGGUCUCCCGGUGCUGCUGCUGCUGCUGCUGCUGCUGCUGCGCCUACUGCUGCUGCUGCUGCUCCUACUGGUGACUUGCCAGUGAGUACAGCAGCAGCAGCAGCAAACAGCCACGCUGCAGCAACAGCAGCAGCUCUUCAGGAAGGCAGUGAUGGAAAGGACAGCAGCAGCAACACGAAAAAGACCGGCACAAGCGACAGCAGCAGCAGCAGCAACAGCAGCAACAGCAGCAGCAGCAGGAAGCGUCGUGAGAAUUCGUUGCUGUUUGUGCCUGAGGAUGUUCUUGAUUUUGCUGCUAUCUUUGCUGCUGGUAGAUUGCCGCUGCUAGAAGAAAGUCUAGCAAGCAGCAGCAGCAGCAGCAGCGACAGCAGCAGCAGCAGCAGCAGUGGUGUAACAGAAGCAGGAGCAGCAGCAGGAGCAGCAGCAGCAGCAGAGGGUGAAGAAGCAAUUAUAACAGAAGCACGUGCAGCAGCAGCAGAGAGACAAGGAGUAGGCAGACUUGUUCGUUCCUUUGGUGAUGCUUAUUACUAUUUACGUUUGCUGCUGCAGCUGCGCUUCCCCAAGCAGCAGCAGCAGCAGCAGCAACAGCAGCAGCAGCAGCAGCAACAGCAGCAGCAGCAGCAGCAACAGCAGCAACAGCAGCAGGAGGAUGAUAAAGAUUCAUUGGUUUAUUUAUUACCUGAUGCAAUAUCUCCUAUCCCUAAAUAUGCUGCUGCUGUAUCUUUGCAGCUGCAGCAACUGCAGCAGAAGCAGCAGCUGCAGCAGCUGCAGCAGCUACAGGCAGCAGCAGUAGGAGUUGUCGCCUUUUUGUCUCUUUUUGGUGUAGGAGACACAAAAGGAAUACUGCAGCUUCCUCAUGUAACAGCAGCAGAUGUAUGGUCAGUGCAGCAAACAGCAUCUAGUAUAAGUUUCUUUCUUGCUGCACCUGAAUCAGCAGCAGCAGCAGCAAGAGCAGCAGCAGCAGCAGCACCGCCACCUCUUGGCUCUCCCUUUGAUCUCCCCUUUAUGCAAAGCAAAGCAUUCAAGCAGCAGCAGCAACGACUAGUCAGAAGCAGGACGGAUUUACCAUUAACUCAUUACAUGUUUGCUGCUGCAGCAGGAGAACCAUUAGCUUCUUUUGCUGCUGCCUUUUAUCUAAAUACUGGUCGUGCUGCAGCAACAUUGCAUGCAGGAGCAGCAGAGCGUAGCUUCUGGGCACAACAUGUCCCUCCUCCUGCAGCAGCAACAGCAGCAGCAGCAGGAGCAAGUACUAGUACUUCUACCACUACUCCUGGUGCUGCUCCUUCUGCUGCUGCACCUGCUGCUGCUGCUGCUGCUGCUGCUAAUAAGGAGUAUAAAUUCUCUAUGGGGAAGGAAGGAGGGAUAAUAGAGAUAAAUAAAGAGUUGCUGCUGCCAACAGAAAAAGAAAAAGAAGAAAGUGCACUCAUUGCUAUAAGGAGACUAGGUAGGCAGCAGCAGCAGCAGCAGCAGCAGAAGCAGCAGCAGCAGCAGCAGCAGCAGCAACAGCAGCAGCAGCAGCAGGAUAAGGCAGAUGCUGAGUUGAGAUUUGGAUCUAGAUUUGGCUCGUUGCAGCAGCAGCAGGAGGAGCAGCAGCAGCAGCAGCACACACAUUUAUCUCGUGUGUCUCCUUCUUUCUUCUUAAGAAACACAGGAGACGAUGCAGCAUUUGCUGCUGCAGCAACUAACAAACCAAGCAGCAGCAGCAGCAGCAGCAGCAGCAGCAGCAGUGGUACCCCUCCUUCUCCUUCAUUAGAUGAGCUGCUGCAGCAGCUAGCAGCAGCAGAUCCUAUUGCUUCUGGUUUGCUGCCUGAAGGUGGACUGCAGCACAGCAGCAGAGACACCGCGCUGCUGCUGCAUGCAGUAGCAGCAGAAGGAGAACCAGAAGGAUUAGCAGCACUUGCUGAUUUAUAUCUACAUGGAAACCCUGAAGCUGGUAUACCGCGGGACAGGGACAGGGCAUUGGAUUUGCUGCAGCAAGCAGCAGCAAGAGGGGACGCAAAUGCUGCAUUAGCAGCAGCACAUUUGCUGCUAGAGCAGCAACCUGCAGCAGCAAGAAGAGCAGCAGCAGCAAGAGGUAACGCACAACAGCAAGCUGAUGGAGCAGCAGACCAGAAGCAGGAGGACCAGCAGCAGGAGCAGCAGCAGCAGGAGCAGCAGCAGCAGGAGCAGCAGCAGCAGGAGCAGCAGGAGGAGGAGGAGGAGGACUAG